GGGUCAUUGUGCGUGCUAUAUUGUGUGUCCGCCCCUCUGUCUUUCAUUUCCUGAAUCCAGCUCCUCUAAUUCACAGCAACAAGGGAAUCAAACGCACACUUAAUGCACUGAAAACUGCGAGAUGUCGAGAGAAGCUCCAGCCCGCUGCAUUCUGACGACAUCAACCAAUGGGCUGCUGAGGGUGUGGGCGGGGCCACGAUGAGUGCCGAGCUGCUAUUGGAGGAGAAACUCAUCAAGCGUUCGCAGCAGAAGAGGCGGACGUCGCCGCUGAACUACAAGGAGAGGCUGUUUGUCCUCACCAAGAGCCGGCUGACAUACUACGAUGGAAAAGCAGAGAAGAAGUUCAGGAGAGGCUCGAUCGAGCUGAGCCGCAUCCGAUGUGCCGAGAUCGUGAAGAACUUCGGAGAAAUCAUCCCCUGCCAGAACAAAUACCCCUUUCAGGUGGUGUACGAUGCCAACACUCUCUACGUGUUCGCUCCGAGUCACAACAGCAGAAGUCUCUGGGUCCAGAGCCUCAAAGAGGAGAUCAAAGACAACCCUGUGGUCUCAGCCAAGUUUCACCCUCAGUUCUGGCAGGAAGGGGCGUGGCUCUGCUGUCGCCAGGCGGAAAAACAGGCUCCGGGCUGCGAGGAGUACAACCUGUUUGGAGACAUUUCCAGAAAACCUUUACCCCCGAUUCCUGGUGAGCAGAGACGCCCUCCUCCUCCUCUCCCUCCGCCCGAUGACGAUGAUGAUGAUGAUGAUGAUGAAGAGGUCAUGGUGGCGCUCUACGACUUCAAGGGCACGGAGCCGCACGACCUGAGUCUGGUCAAAGGAGAAGAGUACGUCAUCCUGGAUAAGUGUGACGUCAACUGGUACAAAGCUCGCAACAAGUAUAACGAGGAAGGCUACAUCCCAAGUAACUAUGUAACCGAGAAGAAAUCCGGAAACGUGCAGCAGUUUGUUUGGUACAGUAAACAAGUGAACAGGAACAAAGCAGAGGAGCUGCUGAGGAAAGAGAACAAAGAAGGCGCCUUCAUUGUCAGAGACUCCAGCACUCCAGGAACCUACACCGUCUCCCUCUAUGCCAAGUCUGCUGCCGGGGAUGGAAGCCCAGCUAUAAAACAUUACCACAUCAAGGUGAACCAAGGGACGCCUCAACAGUUUUACCUCGCCGAGAAACACUUGUUCAGCUAUCCCGACCUGAUCGAGUACCACAAACACAACGCAGCAGGUCUUGUUGCCAGGUUGAGGUAUCCUGUAGGGAAACAGGAAAAGUCUGCUCCGUCCACCGCCGGCUUCAGCUACGAGAAGUGGGAGAUCGACCCCAGCGAGCUGACGUUCAUGAAGGAGCUGGGCAGCGGCCAGUUCGGUCUGGUGAGGCUCGGCAAGUGGAGGGCUCAGCACCGGGUGGCCAUCAAGGCCAUCAGAGAGGGAGCCAUGUACGAGGAGGACUUCAUCGAGGAGGCUAAAGUCAUGAUGAGACUGUCUCACCCUAAACUGGUGCAGCUGUGCGGAGUGUGCAGCCAGCAGAAGCCCAUUUACAUCGUCACAGAGUUCAUGGAGCAAGGCUGCCUGCUGAACUUCCUCCGGCAGCGCCGGUGCAGCUUCAGCCUGGGGUCCUUGCUGAGUAUCUGCCUGGGCGCCAGCGAGGGCAUGGAGCACCUGGAGGCCAACGGCUUCAUCCACAGAGAUCUGGCUGCCAGAAACUGUCUGGUGAACGACAAUCUGGUGGUGAAGGUGUCUGACUUUGGCAUGGCCAGAUACGUGUUGAGACGACCAGUACACCAGCUCGUCCGAGCAAAGUUUCCAGUGAAGUGGUCGCCUCCUGAAGUCUUCAACUUCUGCAGAUACAGCAGCAAGUCGGACGCCUGGUGUGUUGAUGUGGGAAGUUUUCACCGAGGGCCGCAUGCCUUUGAACAGAGUCAGAACCACGGGUGGUAA